GCAGAAGCUCUCCAUCUAAUCAAUAGUAAUCUUUACGGAUGAAAUGUGUGUCACGUUUAACGCUGGAUGAUGAGCUUCGAGGCGCUGCGAUGCGGGGUUCAGUUCACCCCUCCAUCGAUCAUCCUCAUCUACCAACACAAGGACACUAAACGUGUGAGGAAGAGAGUCAUGCCCGUAAGAAACUUCUCCAAAUACUCGGACUACAGCAUGGCUGCGGAGAGGCUGAAGAACCACCCUCGGCACAGGGACUACCUGCGCGGCGUGACCCAGGGCCAGCUGGAGAAGCUCCACGUCAUCCUGCGGGACCACAUGGAGGGCCUGGGCCUGGAGCACAGCCUGGCCUCCUUCCACCUGGACCCAGAAGAAGACCUGAACAAGCUGGACGACGACGGACUGGCCCGCAAGAAGGGCCAGAUGGACGGGCUGUUCCAGAGGAACCGGCGGCGCGAGAGCGAUCCCGACUUUGUCUACGACGUGGAGAAGGAAUUCGGGAAGAGCGGCCUGGAGAAGUGCAGCUGGGACGAGGAGUCAGACGACGGGUUUUAAAAAACAUUUGGGAGCCGACUUCAGCGAUUCGUUUACCAUCAAUUCAGAACUUUAGAUACUAGAAACAAUUCAACGUAUCUGCAGACUAAAGACAUCGAGCUGAAUCAGGUUUAACUACUGAUGAACAUUACAUCUGCUGCUCCACGGAUGUAAUGUGAGUUAAAUCCUCUCAGUGAGUUAAACACCAGCAGAAAGAAGAAACUACAGAAAGAUUCCUAAAUAACAGCAACAAUAAAAGACUAAGAGCAUUAAGGCCAUUCAUUUAAAAUCCCAAUGAAUGAAGUCAGGCAGGAAUAAUAGUGG